CAUCCUUUCUAAAUUUCACGAUCGAAUCUGAGAUACGUUAGCCCUAAUUCCCAAUUCCUUCGUCCGAGCUCCGUCCCCUUCACCGGUCGCCUCGCCUUUCCCCAUCCGAAGCCUUUCUCGCGAAAGAUGCCGGACAGGGAGCUGGAGCUCUUCCCGACGAGUUCUCGUUCGGUGACGGAGACCGUGAACGGGUCGCACAAGUUCGUGAUCCAGGGUUAUUCCCUCGCCAAGGGGAUGGGCGUCGGCAAGCACAUUGCCAGCGAGACUUUCUCCGUGGGCGGUUUCGAGUGGGCGAUCUACUUCUACCCCGACGGGAAGAACCCCGAAGAUAAUUCCGCCUACGUGUCCGUGUUCAUUGCUCUCGCAAGCGAGGGUACCGACGUGAGGGCGCUCUUUGAGCUCACGCUCCUCGACCAGAGCGGCAAGGGAAAGCACAAGGUCCAUAGCCACUUCGACCGUUCUCUAGAGAGCGGUCCGUAUACUCUCAAAUACCGUGGGAGCAUGUGGGGUUACAAACGUUUUUUUAGGCGUGCUGCACUUGAGACGUCGGAUUACCUCAAGGAUGAUUGCUUAAAAAUCGAUUGCACUGUUGGUGUUGUGAUGUCAGUUGUGGACUCACCUAGGCUACACUCUAUAGAAGUUCCAGAUUCUGAUAUUGGAGUGCAUUUUGGUUCCCUUUUGGAUAGGCAGGAAGGUUCUGAUGUGGUUUUUGAUGUUUCUGGGGAAAAAUUUCAUGCCCAUAAAUUGGUAUUAGCUGCACGAUCUCCCGUGUUUAAAUCCCAAUUUUAUGAGAAUCCAAAUGAUGAGGAGAAUAAUAUUAUUAUUUCAGAUAUGGAACCUAAGGUGUUUAGGGCAAUGCUGCAUUUUAUAUAUAGAGAUUCUUUCAUAGAAGACGAUGAGACAACAAAAUCAGACUCCCCUGAAUCUUCUCCAUCUGGCAGAAUGGCUGCGAAGUUGUUGGCUGCAGCAGAUAAGUAUGGCUUAGAGAGGCUUCGACUUCUAUGUGAGGCGAAUCUGUGCAAGGAUUUGUGUGUAGAUUCAGUUGCCAACACUCUUUCACUAGCUGAUCACUAUCAUGCUACAGAACUUAAAGCUGCUUGUCUUAAAUAUGUGGCAGAAAAUCUUGGAGCAUUCAUGCGCUCCAGUGGAGUCGAGUACCUCAAAGAAAAUUGCCCGUCGCUACAAUCAGAAAUCUUGAAGAUAAUUGCAGGAUGGGAAGAGGACUGUAGUAGCGGUGGUAAGAGCCGGAGCGUUUGGGGCCAGUUAUCAGACGGUGAGGACUCCAGCGGCCGUAGGGUAAGGCCUCGAUCGUGAUGCUCGAUAUUGUGCAGUUAUAUUUUGUACAAUCUGUAAUGUGGCACAAGCAAAUUAGGCUUUUGCAUUUAAUGGAUGAUAGUUCCACAACAAAUGUCGCCAGUUAUAUUUUGUAUUAUCAGUAGAAAACUCAAAUUUCUGAAUUGAUCA